CCAAAUUCCGGGGCGCUCGGCGUCGCUCGUUUGCUCGGCUCGGCAGCUCGCGGCCUGCGACCCGGGCGGGAUGGAGGAGGCCGCGAGCGCCGAGGCCGAACUCAACUGGUCCCGCCUGAGCGUGUCGGCCGAGGCGCUGGAGUCGGAGCUGGAGGCGCGCGCGGAGGAGCGGCGCGGCGGGCGGGACCCGCUGCUGCGGCUGCUGCUGCCCUACAACCGGCUGACGUCGCUGCCGCGGGCUCUGGGCAGCGGCUUCCCGCACCUCCAGCUCCUGGACGUGAGCGGCAACGCGCUCACGGCGCUGGGCCCCGAGCUGCUGACGCUGAGCGGCCUGCGCACGCUGCUGGCCAGGAACAACCGGCUCGGCGGCCCGGGCUCGCUGCCCAAGGGCCUGGCCCGCUCGCCGCUCUGCCGCAGCCUCCAGGUGCUCAACCUCAGCGGCAACGGCUUCCAGGAGGUGCCCGCCUCGCUGCUGGAGCUGCGAGCCCUGCAGACCCUCAGCCUGGGCGGCAACCAGCUGCAGAGCAUCCCCGCCGAGAUCGAGAACUUGCAGAGUUUAGAAUGUUUAUACCUUGGAGGAAACUUCAUCAAAGAAAUCCCACCAGAAUUAGCAAAUCUCCCUUCUCUGAAUUACUUGGUGUUAUGUGACAACAAAAUCCAAAGUGUGCCUCCUCAGCUUUCACAGCUGCAUUCGCUUCGCUCCCUGAGCCUGCACAACAACCUGCUGACAUACCUGCCUCGAGAGAUCCUCAACCUCAUUCAUCUGGAGGAGCUGAGUUUGCGAGGAAAUCCACUGGUGGUUCGUUUCGUUAGAGAUUUAACAUACGACCCUCCGACCCUUCUGGAAUUAGCUGCAAGGACCAUUAAGAUCAGAAGUAUUUCUUACACUCCCUAUGACCUUCCUGGGAACCUUCUUAGAUACUUGGGUUCAGCCAGCAAUUGCCCAAACCCCAAGUGUGGUGGAGUCUAUUUUGACUGCUGUGUCAGACAAAUUAAGUUUGUGGACUUCUGUGGGAAGUAUCGCCUCCCCCUGAUGCACUAUUUGUGUUCUCCAGAAUGUUCUUCCCCCUGCAGCUCUGCCUCACACAGCUCCACAUCCCAGAGUGAGUCUGACUCGGAAGACGAAGCCAGCGUUGCUGCACACAGAAUGCAGAAAGUUCUUCUUGGUUGAGCAGCAGUUGAAAAUACUAAAACACUGAGCAAAGAUGAUUCAAAAAGAAAAUGGAGCUUGAAGUGGAUUAGAAAUGGUAGUGUUUUCAGCUUGAACGUUUAUGUAAGAGUUAGCAUGAUUUGAAAGGCAGGGAUGAGGCCGGUUCCAUGUUUAGAUUCUGUGGGUGUAAAUUAUUCUGAAUGGCCAACCAAAAUUAGCUGAUUUGUCACAAUUUUCACUUAAGUCUUUGCUUGAAGAAACACUAGCAGAAUGCUUCAUUCUGAGGAGGUGUCACCUGGGACAGCUGAGUUCUGUUACCAGGCUUGUCCUGGUUUAGCACAACACUAUACCAUAAAUAAAGUGAGCCGCCUUGUGUUACCCCUGGACUUUUGAAAGCCUUUCUGACCAACUAACUGGGCGGUAAGGACUGUAACUCUCAAAUGGAAUAUUUAAGCCAGCUCUUGUUUUGUGUGAUUGUUACUAACUUUAUACAAUAUAGCUGUGGUGUGUUAUAGUGCCUUAAUCCUAGCAAGGAUAUAGAAGCUUGUUCCAGAAAUUAUUUCAGAUCACCCUACAACCUGACACUAUGCAAAGCACUUGGAAAUAAUGCUUUAACCAAGUAGAUGAACAGCCAGAGUUCCCAGGCCUGGACCUCAGCUGCCUCCCCUCCUUAGUGCUGGCUUGGCA